AUGAAACGUGAGAAAAAAAUGGGUAAUGAUGCAUCAAUACCUCUUGAAAUGUGUAAUACAUUUGAUACCUAUGAACUUCGUAGGCUUGCGCGUAGAUUUAAAAAAUUAGACUUAGAUGGAAGUGGUUCAUUGUCAGUUGAUGAAUUUAUGUCUUUACCAGAAUUACAGCAAAAUCCUCUUGUACAAAGAGUUAUUGAUAUAUUUGAUGAAGAUGGAAAUGGUGAGGUUGACUUUCGUGAAUUUAUUCAAGGAAUAUCACAAUUUUCUGUUAAAGGAGACAAAAAUAUUAAACUGAAAUUUGCUUUUCGAAUUUAUGAUAUGGAUCGUGAUGGUUUUAUAUCAAAUGGAGAAUUAUUUCAGGUUCUUAAAAUGAUGGUUGGUAAUAAUUUAAAAGAUUCACAACUUCAACAAAUUGUUGAUAAAACAAUACUAUUCCAUGAUAAAGAUGGUGAUGGUAAAAUAUCAUUCCAAGAAUUUUGUGAUGUUGUUGGUAAUCUCGAUGUUCAUGAAAAGAUGGUUGUAAAGCCUUAA